GGUGGCUGGUCUCCACUUGUGUCAAAUAAAUACCAGUGGUUGCAGAUUGACCUUGGAGAGAGAAUGGAGAUCACUGCCGUGGCCACCCAAGGGGGAUAUGGGAGCUCCAACUGGGUGACCAGCUACCUCCUGAUGUUCAGCGACAGCGGCAGGAACUGGAAGCAGUAUCGCCAGGAGGACAGUAUCUGGGGAUUUGUAGGAAAUGGAAACGCAGAUAGUGUUGUGUACUAUAGACUCCAGCCUUCUAUCAAAGCCAGAUUUCUGCGCUUCAUCCCUCUAGAGUGGAACCCCAAGGGCAGAAUUGGAAUGCGAAUCGAGGUGUUUGGAUGUGCAUAUAGAUCAGAGGUGGUUGAUCUUGAUGGAAAAAGUUGCCUUCUCUACAGACUUGAUAAAAAAUCUCUGAGCCCGAUAAAGGAUGUAAUUUCUUUGAAAUUUAAAACCAUGCAGAGUGAUGGGAUUCUACUCCACCGGGAAGGGCAAAAUGGAGAUCACAUCACACUGGAAUUAAGAAGAGGAAAACUCUUUUUGCUUAUUAAUUCAGGUAAAACUCUCUGGCCCGCGGCGGGCGCCCCGGCCGGGCCCGGCCUGGGCAGCCUGCUGGACGACCAGCAGUGGCACUCCGCGCUCAUCCAGCGCUGGGGCACACAGGUCAACCUCACGGUGGACGAGCACAGGCGUCGCUUCCGCGCCCGGGGCGAGCUCGGCGACCUGCGCCUCGGUCAUGAGAUCAGCUUUGGAGGGAUUCCAGCACCUGGAAAAUCAGUGUCAUUCCCCCAUAAACACUUUCAUGGGUGUUUAGAAAAUCUGUUUUACAAUGGAGUGGAUAUCAUUGAUUUGGCCAAGCGACAGGACCCACAGAUGAUCGUUAUGGGAAAUGUGUCGUUUUCUUGCUCACAACCACAGUCUGUGCCUGUGACUUUUCUGAGCCCCAGAAGUUACUUGGCACUGCCGGGCUCUUUUGCGGAGGACGAGAUUUCUGCCACUUUUCAAUUUCGAACCUGGAAUAAGGCUGGGCUCCUGUUAUUCACGGAGCUUCAGCUGGUUUCAGGGGGUCUCCUCCUCUUUCUUAAUGAUGGAAAACUUAAGCUGCAUCUCUACCAUCCAGGAAAAUUACCCAGUGACAUCACAGCAGGUGUUGGAUUAAAUGAUGGACAGUGGCAUUCCGUCUCCUUAUCUGCCAAAAGGAAUUACCUGAGUGUGAUGGUUGACGGCCAAGUGGCUUCUGCAUCCCCCUCCCAGGGCCCUGAGCAGAUUUACUCAGGGGGCACCUUUUAUUUUGGAGGUUGUCCUGACAGCAGCUUUGGAUCCAAAUGUAAAAGUCCACUCGGUGGGUUCCAGGGAUGCAUGAGACUCAUCUCCAUCCGUCACGAGGUGGUAGAUCUGAUUUCAGUUCAGCGGGGGGCCCUUGGGAACUUCAGCGACCUUCAGAUAGACUCCUGUGGAAUCACAGACAGGUGUCUGCCGAACUACUGUGAACACGGCGGUGAGUGCUCCCAGUCCUGGGACACCUUUCAUUGCGACUGUGCAAACACGGGGUACAGGGGAGCGACGUGCCACAACUCUAUCUACGAGCAGUCAUGUGAAGCCUAUAAGCAUAAAGGAAAUACUUCAGGGUUUUACUACAUAGAUGCAGAUGGAAGUGGUCCCCUUGAACCAUUUCUUCUAUAUUGCAAUAUGACUGAAACUGCGUGGACCAUCCUACGGCACAAUGGCUCUGACGUCACAAGAGUCCGAAAUACCAGCCCAGAGCACCCCUACACUGGGCUUUUCGAGUAUGUGGCCAGCAUGGAGCAACUCCAGGCCACCAUCAACCGCGCAGACCACUGUGAGCAGGAGCUGACCUACUACUGCAAGAAGUCACGGCUCGUCAGCAAGGCAGAUGGAACCCCUCUGAGCUGGUGGGUUGGAAGAACCAAUGAAACACAAACUUACUGGGGAGGUUCUUUGCCUGAUCCUCAAAAAUGUACUUGUGGAUUGGAGGGGAACUGCGUUGAUUCUCAGUAUUACUGCAACUGUGAUGCUGACCGGAAUGAAUGGACCAACGACACUGGGCUCCUUUCUUAUAAAGAACAUCUGCCAGUGACUAAGCUUGUGAUCACGGACACUGGUCGGCCACAUUCAGAAGCAGCUUACAGGCUGGGUCCUCUGCUGUGCCGCGGAGACAAGUUAUUUUGGAAUUCAGCUUCCUUCAAUACCGAGGCAUCCUACCUCCAUUUUCCUACUUUCCAUGGAGAGCUGAGUGCAGAUGUGUCUUUCUUCUUCAAGACAACAGCUUCCUCUGGGGUGUUUUUAGAGAACCUGGGGAUUACCGACUUCAUACGGAUAGAGCUACGCUCUCCUGCAGUUGUGACGUUUUCGUUUGAUGUGGGAAAUGGGCCUUUUGAAAUCUCAGUGCAGUCACCCACUCACUUCAAUGACAACAAGUGGCACUACGUCAGGGUUGAGAGGAACAUGAAGGAGGCCUCAGUUCAAGUGGAUCAGCUCUCACCAAGGACGCAGCCGGCCCCGGCAGAUGGGCAUGUCCUCCUGCAGCUCAACAGUCAGCUCUUCGUGGGUGGAACGGCCACCCGGCAGAGGGGCUUCCUGGGCUGCAUUCGGUCUCUGCAGUUGAACGGAGAGGCCCUGGACCUGGAAGACAGAGCCAGGGUGACCCCAGGAGUGGAGCCGGGGUGCGCAGGGCACUGCAGCAGCUACGGGAGGCUGUGCCACCACGGGGGCACAUGCAGGGAGAAGCCCAGCGGGUUCUCCUGUGACUGCACCUCCUCCGCGUACGCCGGGCCCUUCUGCUCGGAUGAGAUUUCUGCCUAUUUUGGAUCUGGCUCAUCUGUGACUUACAAUUUUCAAGAAAAUUACUCCUUAAGUAAGAAUUCCAGCUCCCACGCGGCUUCGUUUCAUGGUGACACCAGGCUGAGCAGGGAAACGAUCAAGUUUAGCUUCCGCACAACACGGACGCCAAGCCUACUGCUCUAUCUGAGUUCCUAUUAUAAAGAGUACCUUUCCAUUAUCAUUGCCAAAAAUGGAAGUUUGCAGAUCAGGUACAAGCUAAAUAGAUAUCAAGAACCUGAUGUUGUUAACUUUGAUUACAAAAACAUGGCCGAUGGGCAACUUCACCACGUAAAGAUUAACAGAGAAGAAGCAGUGGUCUUUGUGGAGAUUGAUGAGAGCAUGAGGAGGCAAGUCCACCUGGCGUCAGGUACAGAACUCAGUGCAGUCAGAUCCCUUGUACUGGGCAGGAUUAUAGGACACAGCGACGUGGACCAGGAGACAGCGCUGGCGGGCGCACAGGGCUUCCUGGGCUGUCUGUCUGCUGUGCAGGUCGGCCACGUGGCCCCGCUGAAGGCCGCCCUGCAGCCCCGCCGCCCCGCCCCCAUCACCGUCUCGGGACACGUGACGGAGUCCAGCUGCGUGGCCCAGGCUGGCACUGAUGCCACAUCUAGGGAGAGGACACACUCCUUUGCAGAUCAUUCUGGAACAAGAGAUGACAGAGAACCCCUCACUAAUACAAUCAAAAGUGACUCUGCAGUCAUUGGAGGUUUGAUAGCUGUUGUGAUCUUUAUCUUGCUGUGCAUCACUGCCAUAGCUGUCCGCAUUUAUCAGCAGAAAAGGUUAUACAAAAGAAAUGAGGCAAAAAGGUCAGAGAAUGUAGACAAUGCUGAGGCUGUUUUGAAAAGUGAGCUUAAUAUACAAAAUGCAGUCGGUGAAAAUCAGAAAGAGUACUUCUUCUGAUUGGCAGAGAUGAUUUGCCAUAUAAUUACAGUAGCCUGAUUUAAUAGCCAGGGGCUCUCAAAGAACAAAAAACAAGUUCUUACACUGAAUGUACAGGCGAUGGAUUUGCAGCACUGCCGUGUGGCCAUAUCCAGACACGAGAUGGCUUCAGGAGGCCUCAUCCAUUGACUUAUUUCCCCUAGUGGUCAUUCUGUAUAACAAGGAUUAGCUAUUGCUGUUAAUUUCCAGCCAUUCUGAUACAAUCUAAAACAUAAGUUUAACUCACUUGAGAGCUACAGUUUUUCAGUGUGAAAACCGUAGCGCUAGCCUCUCAACCACGUGCUACCUAACUUGUGUUAGAGGUGAAAAUCACAAUUGGACUAUAAUGACCUUGCUUUAUUUGAGAACAUAUGCUGUGUUUGCUUUGGUGUCCCCAUGGUGUUAUUCAUAGACCUGGAAAUGCUUCUAAGAUCCUGUUUGGCUGGCGUUUGCAUCUUCAGUGGCCAAAAGUAUAUAAACCCCUCUGCCUUUCUCUGUAUUGCAUUCAAUACAAUUUAUCAAUAGUCUGGAAAAAUGUUUCUGUUUUCAUUGGUUUGUUUGUAUUGAUCUAUUUCGAUUUGACUGUUUUUAAUGAUUUUGAAAACAUUAGGUUUUGCGUGUCAGGCUCCAGCUCUGAACAUAAAAUUUGUAUGUAACAAGACUCAGAAAGUGCAUUGGUCAUCAGUAUGUGAUGUUUUGCCUUUAAAACUUUUCUGCUUAAUGUUAUCAUGGUUUGGUAUUGGUAGUAGUUAAGAACCUGGUUAAUGCCCAUUUCCCAAAGAAUGUGAAAUGCUUACAAGUAAACUUGUUGAUAAAAAACACAUACACACACAAUUCUUAACAUUGCAAAGAAUUAUUUUUUUAUUUACAACUGUAAUGACUCAAAUGAAAUGUACUUCUGAGAAUAUUUCCCCCAAAUCCUAUGUAAGUUUUCUUUAUAGGUUUAUAAUUCUGUUUUUCUAAACUAUAUCACCCACUUUUCUUUGAUCUCGAUUCACUAUAUACCAUGGAGCAUCUUUUUAUGUAUUAGAAAAAAAGAGACAAUUUGACAUGUAAGCUCCAUUCUUCAUUCUAAAUUAUAUCCCCCACUUCAGGCAUAUAUUUAGCUAUGUACUUAUCUCCAGGGCAUACUUUUGGAAUAUAAGCUUCAAUCAUGCCCCCUUUUUUUGCAAAACCAGUAGAGUUAUUAAAGUGUGUUCCUUCUAAGGGGUGAUGUCAUAUUAUAUGUCAUAUUCUAAGUCUAUCAUUUCAGUUCUUCUCAUUUAUGAUGAUGGGUUAAAUUUCUCAAAAAGAACCAAAAAUCAACAUAACUUACUAACUAGUACAUUCUGAUUAGGAGAUAUAUACAUGCCUGAAACUCAAAUAAUUAUCAAUCACUUUAUGAAACCAUUGCAAUAAUUACCUUUGAGGCCAUGUGAACAAGAUGCUUUCAUGUAGCUAUCUUUGAAUUCCACAAGCCAAUUAUAGCGCAAAGGCACUUUGGCAUUUAUGCUCAUACUUUCCAGGUGUCUGCCAAGGAAAAAUUAGGUGCUUUAGUUUGUCUGCACCAGAACAAUUUGGAAAUAUGUAAAGUGAACAUUUUUUUUCUUUAUUUUCCCUCUUAACUCUCCUUAUAAAACCUGCUUGUCCUUUCUCAUAGCACUGUUUCAUUUUGAUGUUUCUAUAAAUGCUUGACUAAAUCUUAAGGAUAUGAAUUAACCAUGGUUUAUGAAAGACCUAUAUGGAUACGUGGCAUUCUUUUUCUUUGGAGUCCUCUGGUAGCUGCCAAGGGGUUGAACACCAAAAUGGUAGUUUUCAUUUGAUGCAAAGCUGAAUACAAUCUUAACAGUCCUGAAUCUUUUACACAUGUUCUGGUUAUUUAGUAGCAGUAUUAGCCUGGUUGGGAGCUGGAAGGUAGACCGGCUUAUAGACAGUGAAGCCUCACAGUACUCUGUGGUCUGCACUGCUAGGAACUUUAACAUUAUGGCAUCAAAAUGCACUGAUAUAUCAUACACCAUGACUUUCAUUCCCUGAUUUGUAAUCUGUUCCUUCUUUUUUCUUAAUAAAAUGCAUUUUUGAAG